UUCUCCAGGGGAUAUAUAUAUACACACACACACACAUGUACACUUCACCACUCUUUGUACUUUGUAGCCAGCCUGCUGAUCACCAGGCGAAUAGGAUCCAGGGACUUGUUCCAAUGGAGACACAACCCAUUUCUAGCUUCCAGUUUCCUCCUGGAGUCAGAUUCUAUCCUUCUGACGAAGAGCUCAUCGUUUAUUAUCUCCACAACAAAGUGAAUUCUCGUCCACUGCCAGCUGCUGUUGUAGGUGAAAUCGAGCUUUAUAGCUAUAAUCCUUGGGACUUGCCAAAGAAGGCAUUGUUUGGAGAGGAAGAAUGGUACUUCUUCAGCCCGAGGGACCGGAAGUACCCAAAUGGUGCACGGCCUAACAGGACGGCAGCUUCAGGAUAUUGGAAGGCUACCGGAACUGACAAACCUAUUCUCAGUUGCUCUGGAGCAAGAAUAGGAGUCAAGAAAGCUCUUGUCUUCUACAUCGGAAAACCUCCGAACGGAGUCAAGACGGACUGGAUCAUGAUCGAGUACCGACUUCCUGACACCCAUAAAAGGCCAUCAAGGUCUAAAGGGUCCAUGAGGUUGGAUGACUGGGUCCUAUGCCGGAUUAGACAAAAAGGCAACAUGUCAAAGAAUUCAUGGGAAGUUCCUCAUAGUCCCAUCAAGGUGACGGAGGACACCCCAAACCUCAAGGAACUCCACUCAGCAUACGCAGCAAAAAACGCCUUAGAUAUCUGCUCGAGCUAUUUCCUAUCAAAAGAUUGUCACCUGUUGGCAAAACUGCUUGCUACUCAAGAUUUGCCUCGUAUUGAGACAAAUACAAGAGCAACCUCUUGCAGCAGCAACAUUUCCCAGAACUGCAAGACAGUAUAUGAACAUGGAACAAUCAAGGAGAAUCAAGUGACAAAUUCUUUCUUUCCAAGUUCUUUGAAUCAGCAGGGAAAACCUAUUGAAGAAAUUGGAUAUGGGAACAUCCCUCCAUCCGAGAAAGCCAUGACUAAUCUGAACAAGAAUGAGUUUUUCCUAGCUGGUAAUGUGAAUGGUGCAAGCUUCUAUAAUCAACAACAAUCUCAUGGAGAUAUGUUCAAGCUCAAUUUAUCUAGUGCUAUGAUGACUUUACAGGAGCUUGAUGUGUCUGCAUUUGCGGCAAAAUUGCUGCCGUAAAUGGCAAGCUUCCUCUGAAGUUCAUUCUUCAACCGAAUUCGCCAAAACUCUCAGCACAUAGAUGAUACUGUAGUCAGUAUGAUGCUUGAAGCAUCAGUCUUUGUGUACCGAUGGAUGGUGUUAAUGCCAUUACCCCUUUUCUAGUAUUUGUGAACUUAAUAAAUAAUGUGUGCUUUUAUUAUUUUUUUUUCUGUUUGCUAGCCUAUAGUUUGCUUGCCUAUGGCGUCUUUCAUUU